AGCACAGGUCAGACUCACUCUACACAGAGACCUCUACAGCACAGACACACAGCCAUGGCACCUACAGUACCUGCAGCAAUGACCUACUCUAAGGAGCACCUGAUUCUGACCAACAAGCUGAGAAAACCAAUGGUGGAGAAGAUGCGCAGAGAUCGUAUCAACAGCAGCAUUGAGCAGCUCAAGUCUCUCCUUGGACCAGCAUUCCUGCAGCAGCAGCCAGACUCCAAGCUGGAGAAAGCAGACAUCCUGGAGAUGGCAGUUUUCUUCCUCAAACGACAGCCUGUGAGCAGCUCCUCCUGCUCUUCCCCUGUCAGUCAGGGGUACUCCAAGUGUGCCCAAGAGAUCAAGCAUUUCCUGUCCAGGGAGGAAGUGAUGUCACAAUCCCAGAGAAGACUUCUGAACCAUUUCCAGAACCUGCCGCCUUCCUCUGAUAUGACCAAGAGUCAGAGUUUGUUGCCUCAGCUGAACUCUCCAGCCAGACAGACCACCAGCAAAGAGGAGACUUCAGUCAAAGGCGCCCUCUGGAGGCCCUGGUAGAGUCCUGCAGACUUUCACUGGACACUCAGACUAACAGAAUUGAAGAGGCUAAGAUGGGCCUGGACAAUAAUUCUCAGUGUGUAGGAAGUGUUUAUCUUCCUCUUCUGCAUGUGCAGGAGUUUAAAGAUAUACUCUCAAUGAGAAAGUCCAAGACUUACAAGUAGUGUUAUGCAACACCUUACACAAACACGCACACACACGCAAACACACAAAACACACAUUUCUAUGGAUUUAAUUUCUUUUGCUUGAAGUCAACUGAAGUUCAUUUAGAAAGGACUUGUUGCUCAAUAUUUGUUACUUCUGAUCGUAACAAUUUCAAAUUCAGCAGUGUUUUGAAAAAUUCAUGGCGAUCGUUUUCUCAUAUUGAGUAUGCCUUUUUGCAGGAUAUUUUGGGUGAUUUUAUUGUUUAUGUUCACUUCAAUUUUAAAAAAUAACCUUCUAUGAAGGAAUUAUGGAAUUGUUAUCUUGUAGCAUAUACUGUAUAUGCUUUGUGGAAGAAAGAUACUAUAUGUCACAUUACAAAGACCAAACUGAUUUCAUGUCAAUUUUUUAUGAUAAUUUGAAUUUUAGUAUAACAUCACAAAUUAAUGUAUAGUACACAGAAUUGUCAGUAUUCCCACUGAUGUUCGAGAUAUUUUAACCUGUGGAAGCUGUUAGUAUCUGCUGGUCUUUUAUAAAGGUCUUCAAUUCUCAUGUAUUGAAUACUCUGUUAGGAGUAUCUUCCUGUCUUGAAGAUGUCUUCAAGCAAUGGUAGUGAUGAUGUAUCACUUUAAAUUUCACUAAGAAUAUGUUAUUUUGCUUUCUAUGGAAGCACGUUUAUUGUUCAGAAUUACUUAUCCAUUUCUAUGCAAUAUUUUUUUGCAGUAAUGUUUACAAACCAAAAAUAAAUGGUAAAAAUCA